GCCCGGCGCGCGCGGGCGGGAGCGGAGGGCAACGAGGGCGGCGCGGGCGGCCGGGCGCAGGGUCGCGGGAGGUGACGCGCGGCGAGGAUGGCGGCGCGGGGCCGGGGGCUGCUGCUGCUGGCGCUGUCGGUGCUGCUUGCGCUGGGCCCCUCCGCCGCUGCGGCCAAGCUCAACAUCCCCAAAGUACUGCUGCCCUUCACGCGGGCCACGCGCGUUAACUUCACGCUGGAGGCCUCGGAGGGCUGCUACCGCUGGUUGUCCACCCGGCCGGAGGUGGCCAGCAUCGAGCCGCUGGGCCUGGAUGAGCAGCAGUGCUCCCAGAAGGCCGUGGUGCAGGCCCGCCUAACCCAGCCUGCCCGCCUCACCAGCAUAAUCUUCGCAGAGGACAUCACCACAGGCCAGGUCCUGCGCUGUGAUGCCAUCGUGGACCUCAUCCAUGACAUCCAGAUCGUCUCCACCACCCGCGAGCUCUACCUGGAGGACUCCCCCCUGGAGCUGAAGAUCCAGGCCCUGGACUCCGAAGGGAACACCUUCAGCACUCUGGCCGGACUGGUCUUCGAGUGGACGAUUGUGAAGGACUCCGAGGCGGACAGGUUCUCAGACUCCCACAAUGCACUGCGAAUCCUCACUUUCUUGGAGUCUACGUACAUCCCUCCUUCUUACAUCUCAGAGAUGGAGAAGGCUGCCAAGCAAGGGGAUACCAUCCUGGUGUCUGGGAUGAAGACCGGGAGCUCCAAGCUCAAGGCUCGCAUCCAGGAGGCUGUCUACAAGAACGUACGCCCUGCAGAAGUCAGGCUGCUGAUUUUGGAGAACAUCCUUCUGAACCCGGCCUAUGACAUCUACCUGAUGGUGGGAACCUCCAUUCAAUACAAGGUGCAGAAGAUCAGGCAAGGGAAAAUUACAGAACUCUCCAUGCCUUCCGAUCAGUAUGAGUUGCAGCUUCAGAACAGCAUCCCAGGCCCCAAAGGAGACCCAGCCCGGCCAGUGGCUGUCUUGGCCCAGGACACAUCGAUGGUCACUGCACUGCAGCUGGGACAGAGCAGCCUCGUCCUUGGCCACCGGAGUAUUCGCAUGCAAGGUGCUUCUAGGUUACCCAACAGCACCAUCUACGUGGUCGAACCUGGAUACCUGGGGUUCACCGUUCACCCUGGUGACAGGUGGGUGCUGGAGACCGGCCGCCUGUAUGAAGUCACCAUUGAAGUUUUUGACAAGUUCAGCAACAAGGUCUAUCUGUCUGAUAACAUCCGAAUUGAAACUGUGCUUCCUGCUGAGUUCUUUGAGGUGCUCUCAUCCUCCCAGAAUGGUUCGUACCAUCAUGUCAGGGCACUAAAGAGGGGACAGACGGCCAUUGACGCGGCCCUCACCUCUGUGGUAGACCAGGAUGGAGGGGUCCACAUACUACAGGUGCCUGUGUGGAACCAGCAGGAGGUGGAAAUUCACAUCCCCAUCACCCUGUAUCCCAGCAUCUUGACAUUUCCAUGGCAACCAAAGACGGGCGCCUAUCAGUACACAAUAAAGGCCCAUGGUGGCAGUGGGAACUUCAGCUGGUCUUCGUCAAGCUACCUGGUUGCCACAGUUACUGUCAAGGGCGUAAUGACCACAGGCAGUGACACCGGGCUCAGUGUGAUCCAGGCACACGAUGUGCAGAACCCACUCCAUUUCGGUGAGAUGAAGGUGUGUGUGAUCGAGCCUCACAGCAUGGAGUUUGCCCCGUGCCAGGUAGAGGCACGUGUGGGCCAGGCCUUGGAGCUGCCCCUGAGGAUCAAUGGCCUCAUGCCCGGCGGGGCCGGCGAGGUGGUCACCUUGAGCGACUGCUCCCACUUUGACUUGGCUGUCGAGGUGGAGAACCAGGGUGUGUUCCAGCCACUCCCAGGGAGGCUGCCGCCGGGCUCUGAGCACUGUAGCGGAGUCCGGGUAAAGGCCGAGGCCCAGGGCUCUACCACGCUCCUUGUGAGCUACAGACAUGGCCACGUGCACCUGAGUGCCAAAAUCACCAUUGCUGCCUACCUGCCUCUCAAGGCUGUGGAUCCCUCCUCUGUUGCCUUGGUAACCCUGGGCUCCUCAAAGGAGAUGCUGUUUGAAGGAGGUCCCAGACCUUGGAUCCUCGAGCCUUCCAAGUUCUUCCAGAAUGUCACCGCUGAGGACACUGACAGCAUCGGCUUGGCUCUCUUUGCCCCCCAUUCCUCCCGGAAUUAUCAGCAACACUGGAUCCUUGUGACCUGUCAGGCCUUGGGUGAGCAGGUCAUCGCCCUGUCGGUGGGGAACAAGCCCAGCCUCACCAACCCCUUCCCUGCGGUGGAGCCUGCUGUGGUGAAGUUUGUCUGCGCCCCACCGUCCAGGCUCACCCUUGCGCCUGUCUACACCAGCCCCCAGCUAGACCUGUCCUGUCCGCUGCUGCAGCAGAACAAGCAGGUGGUCCCAGUCUCCAGCCACCGCAACCCCCUGCUGGAUCUGGCUGCUUACGACCAGGAGGGCCGCCGGUUCGACAACUUCAGCUCUCUGAGCAUCCAGUGGGAGUCCACCAGGCCAGUGUUGGCCAGCAUCGAGCCUGAGCUGCCCAUGCAGCUGGUGUCCCAAGACGAUGAGAGUGGCCAAAAGAAACUGCACGGUUUGCAGGCCAUUUUGGUUCACGAGGCAUCAGGAACCACAGCCAUCACUGCCACUGCCACUGGCUACCAGGAGUCCCACCUCAGCGCUGCCAGAACAAAGCAGCCGCAUGACCCUCUGGUGCCUGUGUCAGCCUCCAUAGAGCUCAUCCUGGUGGAGGACGUGAGGGUGAGCCCAGAAGAGGUGACCAUCUACAACCACCCUGGCGUCCAGGCGGAGCUCCGUGUCAGGGAAGGCUCAGGUUACUUCUUUCUCAACACCAGCACCGCAGAUGUUGUCAAGGUGGCCUACCAGGAGGCCAGGGGUGUCGCCAUGGUGCACCCUUUGCUCCCGGGCUCAUCCACCAUCAUGAUCCAUGACUUGUGCCUCGUCUUCCCGGCCCCAGCCAAGGCUGUGGUUUACGUAUCGGACAUUCAGGAGCUGUACAUCCGUGUGGUUGACAAGGUGGAGAUUGGGAAGACAGUGAAGGCAUACGUCCGUGUGCUGGACUUGCACAAGAAGCCCUUCCUGGCCAAAUACUUCCCCUUCAUGGACCUGAAGCUCCAAGCAGCCUCCCCGAUCAUUACAUUGGUGGCCCUUGAUGAAGUCCUUGACAACUACACCAUCACAUUCCUCAUCCACGGUGUGACCAUCGGCCAGACCAGUCUAACUGCAAGUGUGACCAAUAAAGCUGGACAGAGAAUCAACUCAGCCCCACAACAGAUUGAAGUCUUUCCCCCGUUCAGGCUGAUGCCCAGGAAGGUGACACUGCUUAUCGGGGCCACGAUGCAGGUCACCUCCGAGGGCGGCCCCCAGCCUCAGUCCAACAUCCUUUUCUCCAUCAGCAAUGAGAGCGUUGCGCUGGUGAGUGCUGCCGGGCUGGUACGAGGCCUCGCCGUCGGGAACGGCACUGUGUCUGGGCUCGUGCAGGCAGUGGAUGCAGAGACUGGCAAGGUGGUCAUCAUCUCUCAGGACCUCGUGCAGGUGGAGGUGCUGCUGCUACGGGCCGUGAGAAUCCGCGCCCCCAUCAUGCGGAUGAGGACAGGCACCCAGAUGCCCGUAUAUGUCACUGGCAUCACCAACCACCAGAACCCUUUCUCCUUUGGCAAUGCCGUGCCAGGCCUGACCUUCCACUGGUCUGUCACCAAGCGGGACGUCCUGGACCUCCGAGGGCGGCACCACGAGGCGUCGAUCCGACUCCCGUCACAGUACAACUUUGCCAUGAACGUGCUUGGCCGGGUGAAAGGCCGGACCGGGCUGAGGGUGGUGGUCAAGCCUGUGGACCCCACAUCGGGGCAGCUGUAUGGCCUGGCUAGAGAACUCUCGGAUGAGAUCCAAGUCCAGGUGUUUGAGAAGCUGCAGCUGCUCAACCCUGAAAUAGAAGCAGAACAAAUAUUAAUGUCGCCCAACUCGUAUAUAAAGCUGCAGACAAACAGGGAUGGUGCAGCCUCUCUGAGCUACCGCGUCCUGGAUGGACCUGAAAAGGUUCCAGUCGUGCAUGUUGAUGAGAAAGGCUUUCUAGCAUCAGGGUCUAUGAUCGGGACAUCCACCAUCGAAGUGAUUGCACAAGAGCCCUUUGGGGCCAACCAAACCAUCAUUGUUGCCGUAAAGGUAUCCCCUGUUUCCUACCUGAGGGUUUCCAUGAGCCCUGUCCUGCACACCCAGAACAAGGAGGCCCUGGUGGCUGUGCCUUUGGGAAUGACCGUGACCUUCACUGUCCACUUCCACGACAACUCUGGAGAUGUCUUCCAUGCUCACAAUUCGGUCCUCAACUUUGCCACUAACAGAGACGACUUUGUGCAGAUCGGGAAGGGCCCCACCAACAACACCUGCGUUGUCCGCACAGUCAGUGUGGGCCUGACACUGCUCCGUGUGUGGGACGCAGAGCACCCAGGCCUCUCGGACUUCGUGCCCCUGCCUGUCCUACAGGCCAUCUCCCCAGAGCUGUCCGGGGCCAUGGUGGUAGGGGACGUGCUCUGUCUGGCCACUGUUCUGACCAGCCUGGAAGGCCUCUCGGGAACCUGGAGCUCCUCGGCCAACAGCAUCCUCCACAUAGACCCCAAGACGGGUGUGGCUGUGGCACGGGCCGUGGGAUCUGUGACAGUUUACUACGAGGUCGCUGGGCACCUGAGGACUUACAAGGAGGUCGUGGUCAGCGUCCCUCAGAGGAUUAUGGCCCGUCACCUCCACCCCAUCCAGACCAGCUUCCAGGAGGCUACAGCCUCCAAAGUGAUUGUUGCCGUGGGAGACAGAAGCUCUAACCUGAGAGGCGAGUGCACCCCCACCCAGAGGGAAGUCAUCCAGGCCUUGCACCCAGAGGCCCUCAUCAGCUGCCAGUCCCAGUUCAAGCCAGCCGUCUUUGAUUUCCCAUCUCAAGAUGUGUUCACCGUAGAGCCACAGUUUGAUGCUGCUCUGGGCCAGUACUUCUGCUCAAUCACAAUGCACAGGCUGACAGACAAGCAGCGGAAGCACCUGAGCAUGAAGAAGACAGCUCUGGUGGUCACCGCCUCCCUCUCCAGCAGCCACUUCUCCACAGAGCAGGUGGGAGCCGAGGUGCCCUUCAGCCCAGGUCUCUUCGCCGACCAGGCUGAAAUCCUUUUGAGCAACCACUACACCAGCUCCGAGGUCAGGGUCUUUGGUGCCCCGGAGGUUCUGGAGAACUUGGAGGUGAAAUCCGGGUCCCCAGCCGUGCUGGCAUUCGCAAAGGAGAAGUCUCUUGGGUGGCCCAGCUUCAUCACAUACACAGUUGGCAUCUCGGACCCCGUGGCCGGCAGCCAGGGCCCUCUGUCCACUACCCUGACCUUCUCCAGCCCCACGACCAACCAAGCCAUUACCAUCCCAGUGACAGUGGCUUUUGUGAUGGAUCGCCGUGGGCCCGGUCCUUAUGGAGCCAGCCUCUUUCAGCACUUCCUGGAUUCCUACCAGGUCAUGUUCUUCACGCUCUUUGCCCUGUUGGCUGGGACGGCGGUCAUGAUCAUAGGUGAGGAGGCUGCGUGUAUCUCUGGGUCUGUUCCCCUGCCCCCGCCUGCUCUAACCAACCAUGUGCUCUUGCAGCCUACCACACUGUCUGCACGCCCCGGGAUCUUGCCGUGCCUACAGCCCUCACGCCUCGAGCCAGCCCUGGGCACAGCCCCCACUAUUUCGCUGCCUCAUCACCCACGUCUCCCAAUGCACUGCCUCCUGCUCGCAAAGCCAGCCCUCCCUCAGGGCUGUGGAGCCCAGCCUAUGCCUCCCACUAGGCCGUGUGAAGGUUCCCAGAGGAUGGAUCUCAGCCUAGCCUCGUGCGCCCCCAAGAUGGGAGAUCCCUGCUGCAUUCACACUGGAACAAGCCCCUCCAGACGAGUGCCCCGGCCAGCUUCACUGCCGUCUCUGUUCACACAGAGCUGUAGUUUCGGCUCUGCCCAUUAGCUCAUUCUUUUAUAUAGGAGUUUUAAAUGUGUGUUUUUUUCCUUUCAGGUCUUACAAAGCUAAGACUUUUUGGCUCAUUCCUUUUUGCAUGGUUGUCUAGGGUUUCUGGACAAUGUGCUGUUGCAUUUUUAUUUUCCUAGCCUUGCUGAAAUCUCUCCCUUCUCAAGACUUUGAGCAGUUAAAAGUACUCUUUACAAGUUGUCUGUAGGUGACGUUACUGUAGUGGUUGGUCUCAGGGAAAGGAUUGUCCAGUUACUUUAGGGAUUUUUUUGGUGGGGUUUUUCCCCCUGUGAAAACUUACCUUUCCACUAGUCUGGUUGCUGCUAGGAAUGUUGGGGAGCAGUGGGACAUGAGUGUCCCUGUGUCUGCCCCACUGCCGCAACGGAAGCCUCAGGAACCAGCACCUGGAGGCCGGGAUAGCCAACCCCUGGGUGAGCGAGAGGCUGGAGAACACGGGAGCUCACCCAGGGCUGCUGCCCGACCACGGGCCACUGUGAACAGACUUCAGUCCUCUGUUUUUGUUUCAUAAGCUGUUGAGACAUCUGGUGGACUUGGCUUAGGCCCUGCUGGGACAUCCCAAGUGUGAUCCCUCUCACUCCAUCAGGACACCAGGACUGUCCUUAGGAAAAUUCCUUGAGAUGGCAGCAGGAGUCGUAUUUUCUGUGUGUGUGUUUCGGAAAGCUGCUGUGUCCUGCCUCAGCACAAAGACCCAGUGUCAUUUGCUCCUCCUGUUCCUGUGCCACUCCAGAACCUCAGCAGAUCUGAGCCACCGCCUGCCAGUGUGAGAGGCGGCCACUUUUAUGGCAGCUCGUCAGGCGCAGGGCCCCAGGCAGCUUCCCAGCAGGCCCUAGAGCCUGGCCCGGGCCGGUGAUGGAGGGCAGCCACCAGCCCAGGGCCUGCCCAUCCAGAAGGGACUCCCCAGGGGCUGGGGGAGGAGACCCUUGGAAAAGUCCUCUCUUCCCAGCUCCUGGUUCUGGAUCUGGGAUUCUCAGAUCACAGGCGCCUGUGCUCCAGGCUGAGGCUAGGCUACCCUCAGGGAGAUCCAGAGACUCAUGCCCAUGGCCAUCCAUGCAUGGACGCUGUGUGGAGAGUCCAGGAUGACUGGGGAUCCCGCACAAGCCCCCUUCAGUCCUUCAGCGCUGGGCCAUGUGGUUGAUUUUUCUAAAGCUGGAGAAAGGAAGAAUUGUGCCUUGCAUAUUACUUGAGCUCAAACUGACAACCUGGAUGUAAACAGGAGCCUUUCUACUUGGUUUAUUUAAUAAAGCUCUAUGUGAUUUUUUAA